AUGAACGCGGUGAAUUCGCUGAACAAACUCGGCGAAACUGCUACUGCUACGAGCUGCCGAUUGUCUGAAGUGAGCUUGCACUUUCAAGCCAUUGCUCACGUCAGCGGCGGACACAUCAACCCUGCCGUCAGCAUCGGAUUUUUCACUUGCCGAAGGAUGACUUUGGUGAAAACUUUGCUGUACAUUUUCGCGCAGUCCCUGGGCGCAAUAACUGGAUCAGCGAUUCUGCAGGUACGUCAAUCGCUUCGGUGCCUUUCAUGGUCCUCGCAAAACGGGAUGCUCGGAGUGACCGUGCUGGCCACGCAGAUUACGUCGGUGCAAGGACUCGCGAUCGAGAUCAUCAUCACUUUCAUGCUCGUUUUCUUGAUUGUGUCCACCACUGAUGGAGGACGACAGGACGUUUCUGGUUCAGUGCCUCUCGCUAUUGGGAUCUACAUCGUCGGCGCGGCUUUCGCAGCUGGCCCAUUAACCGGUGGGAGUAUGAAUCCGGCGAGAAGUCUCGGACCUGCUGUCAUCACAGGGCACUGGAAAGCUCACUGGGUUUACUGGGCGGGUCCGCUCGCGGGUGGAGCGCUAGCCGGACUCCUGUACAGCAACUUGUUCGAUGCCAAAUACGUCGUCGAACCGGAGAACGAGGACGCGGACACCCCGGCGCCGCUAGCUAGCCCACCAGUAAGAACACAGCAGGCUCCUUACCACCUCCAAGGAAUUCAUUACCAGCCGGAGGAAUCCUACAAUUCAAGGCGUAUCAUCAACAGCUACGAUGCGAAGGGAGCCAAAUUCUGAUCAGAAAAAAAGCUGCCUUCCACGGCGCCUUCGCCUUACUUUUCUGAAAAACUAAGACCAAAUGAAAAAUCAUCGCUGAAGAUUCGCUGCAACAAAGGGGCACUUCAGAAAACAAGAAAUCGACGAAUCCUUCUGAGUCGAUCCAAUCUGCUGCAUGGAAAAAAGGAAACGCGCUUGCCAGUUAAAAAAAAAAAUAUAUUCGCGGAUUUUUUUUAAAAGCAUCUUGAAGCUGCACAAAAAAAUUCUGGUGAGUGGAGACAUUUUUUUCGAAAGGGCGAAAUUCGCCGAACGCUGGAUGACGGAUUUAUUUCUUGGAGUACUUCAGCUGAUUGUUUUAUUUUCGUUAACUAUUGAAUAGGGAUGUUAUCCCAUCAAGAUUACCAGAAUUGUUCGUUUGUAAAACGAUGUACGAGUGGAAUCAAGUACCUUGGAAAUGAAAGUUUUUGUGGAUGAAAAAA